CUCCUUUGUUCGUUCAUCUCUGCCAGAAUUGUCGUCAACUAAGCGGCACAAUUUUACCGGAUGAUCUAAUGAGAGUGCAAAUUUGAUUAGGGGAACACUUAACAAACCGUGCUCUUUUCUGUCCGAUGUCUAGUGCUGAAAUCGCAGACAGUUCCGUCGAUCCCCCAGCCAAGAAGAGGAAGCUUGAUUCAUCGCCGAUUUCCUCCGACAUGGCGAACAACGGAGACGAAGGAUCCUCGCAAGCCGGCGACAUUGAUGAGGGGCUCUAUUCGAGGCAGCUAUACGUGCUUGGACACGAUGCCAUGCGUCGCAUGGCCACCAGCGACGUCCUGAUCUCAGGUUUGGGUGGUUUGGGCGUCGAAAUCGCCAAGAAUGUCAUUCUUGGCGGCGUAAAGUCAGUGACUCUACAUGACGAGGCAGUUUGCACCGUUGGUGAUUUGUCCUCUCAGUUUUAUUUAAAUGAAAGUGUUGUCGGUCAGAAUCGCGCCGAAGCUUGUUGCAAACAACUGUCCGAGCUGAACACAUAUGUGCCCACCAAAUCCCACACUGGUCCUUUGGAUGAAGAGUUCAUCAAGUCGUUCAGGGUUGUGGUACUAACAACGAGUUCCCUGGAAGAGCAGAAGCGCAUCAGCGAAAUCACCCACGCCAACAACAUUGCAUUGAUCAUUGCGGACACUAGAGGUUUGUUUGCCCAAGUAUUUUGUGAUUUCGGGGAGUCUUUCACAGUGGUAGAUGUCAAUGGCGAGCCACCAGUUUCCGCCAUGGUUGCAGACAUAUCCCUGGAUAAAGAAUCAGUUGUUACAUGUAUUGAUGAUACCAGACAUGGACUCGAGGAUGGGGAUUACGUGACCUUCUCGGAGGUACAAGGCAUGACUGAACUUAACAACUGCAAGCCAAUUAAAAUCAAAGUUUUGGGACCAUACACAUUCUCCAUUGGUGACACCACUGGUUUUACAAAGUACCAGAGAGGUGGAAUUGUUACACAAGUCAAAAUGCCUAAAGUAAUAAACUUCAAAUCACUGAAAGAGUCCUUGGCAAAUCCAGAGUUUGUAAUCACAGACUUUGCUAAGUUUGAUCACCCCUCACAACUGCACGUAGGCUACCAAGCCUUGCACAAAUUUAUAGCUACUCAUGGCAGGAAACCUAAGCCAUGGUCCAUUGCUGAUGCCCAAGAACUUGUCAGUCUUGCAAAAACCCUCUCCAGCGAAGAGCUCAAUGAAAGCCUUUUGGAGACUUUUGCCAAAGUCUCAGCUGGAGAUUUGAAUCCUAUCAAUGCAACUAUUGGUGGUAUUGUUGCCCAGGAAGUUAUGAAGGCUUGUUCAGGCAAGUUCCAUCCCAUCUAUCAGUGGCUCUACUUUGAUGCCAUUGAAUGUUUGGAUGCUGAUGAAAAGGAAGAAAUCACAGAAGAAUUAGCUGCUCCAACUGGAUCCAGAUAUGAUGGACAAAUCGCCGUUUUCGGAAAGAAAUUCCAGGACAUUUUAGGUGACCUCAAGUAUUUUAUUGUUGGCGCUGGUGCCAUUGGUUGUGAAUUGUUAAAGAACUUUGCUAUGUUAGGCGUUGGAACUGGUAAAGGACAGAUUUAUGUCACUGACAUGGAUCUCAUUGAAAAGUCUAAUUUGAAUCGUCAAUUCCUAUUCAGACCACAUGACGUCCAGCAACCUAAGUCAGCCACUGCUGCAAAGGUCAUCAAAAAGAUGAAUCCCGACGUGCAUAUAACGGCUCACGAGAACCGCGUUGGUCCCGAGACCGAGAACAUUUACGACGAUGCAUUCUUCGAAUCUCUGGACGGCGUGGCCAACGCUCUGGAUAACAUCGACGCCCGCAUGUACAUGGAUCGUAGAUGCGUCUACUAUCGUAAACCACUGCUGGAAUCGGGCACGUUGGGCACCAAGGGUAACUGUCAGGUUGUCGUGCCCUUCCUCACCGAGUCGUACAGUUCAUCCCAGGAUCCCCCAGAAAAGAGCAUCCCGAUUUGUACGCUGAAACACUUCCCUAACGCCAUUGAGCAUACCUUGCAAUGGGCCAGAGAAACUUUCGAAGGAUUAUUUAGACAGAACGCAGAGAACGCCUCCUUGUACUUACAAGAUCCGGACUUCGUCGACCGCACUCUCAAGCUGCCCGGUGGUCAGCCUUUGGACACGUUGCAGUCCGUAAUCACGGCCCUCGUUCACGAACGUCCGAAAACGUUCGAGGAUUGCAUCCAGUGGGCUCGUCUUCACUGGCAGGAACAGUACAGCAACCAGAUUAAACAGCUUCUGUUCAAUUUCCCACCAGAUCAACUCACCAGCACUGGACAACUGUUCUGGUCAGGUCCCAAACGCUGUCCGGAGCCACUGACCUUCAACAUCGAUAAUCCACUUCAUUUGGAUUACAUUGUGGCCGCCGCUAACUUAAAAGCCAUCGUUUAUGGCAUCCCAACCAAUAGAGAUCGCAAAUACAUUUCUAAAGUAGUUUCCCAAGUUUCUGUGCCAGAAUUCGUGCCGAAAUCCGGAGUGAAAAUCUCGGUUACCGACUCUCAAAUGGCCAUGAGCAAUGGCGCUAAUGUCGACAUGGAACGUGUCGCCCAAAUAAGAGAAGCCUUGCCCGCCCCAUCGGAGUUCGGUUCUCUCCGUCUCACGCCAAUCGAAUUCGAGAAAGACGACGACACCAAUUUCCACAUGGACUUCAUCGUGGCCGCCUCCAAUCUCCGCGCCACCAACUACAAGAUCACACCAGCCGACAGACACAAGUCCAAGCUGAUCGCCGGUAAAAUCAUCCCCGCCAUCGCCACCACCACGUCCGUAGUCGCCGGUCUGGUGUGUUUGGAGUUGUUCAAACUUGUCAGAAUCAAAAAGAGUCUGGCCCCGUUCAAGAACGGUUUCGUCAAUUUGGCGUUGCCGUUCUUCGGUUUCUCCGAACCCAUAGCAGCACCUGUUAUGGAGUACGGCGAGAACAAGUGGACCCUGUGGGACAGAUUCGAAGUCCAGGGCGAGAUGACGCUCAGCGAAUUCUUGCAAUACUUCAAAGACGAACACGGUCUCGAAAUCACUAUGCUUUCCCAAGGUGUUUGCAUGUUGUACUCGUUCUUUAUGGCCAAGCCUAAGGCUCAAGAAAGAUUAGGAUUGACGAUGUCUGAGGUCGUGAAGCGGGUUUCCAAAAAGAGAAUCGAACCCCACGUUAGAGCGUUAGUUUUUGAGCUCUGCUGCAACGAUGUGGACGGAAACGAUGUGGAAGUACCAUAUGUAAAAUACAAUUUAGUUUGAGCGUGAUCGUUUAGAUCUCCCACUAAGUCUGGGCAUUUUGUGAGUGCUUCACAUGUGCACUAAAUUGAACUGGGUAUUUUAUAAAAUUGUGAUCAUGUAAAUUAAUUUAUGAUGUUUUCGUCAACAUUUAGGGGUAGCAUGAGCAAAGCAUGACUUAACCCAGAUUAUUUUUCACCUUCAUUAAUUAAUUCAUUUCAACAAGGGAAUAGCAUUUAAAUAAGCUAACGCAAUAUAACAAUGUAUCUAUUGCUGAUAUUUUUAUUAAGAUUUAGAAUCAGUGUAGUGUUUAUUUUCUAUAUUUUAGUGUGAAAUAAACAAUUUUGAGCAGUUUAUGUAUUUUUUGAGAGCAGGAUUAUCCAUUAUUAUUAUUAUUAUUAUUAUUAUUCAUGUAGAGCUGAUCGUUCACACCUCUAGAGACUGAAAUUUUUACUUAUAUUUCCUACGUCUAGGUGUUGAAUGAACAGGUUUUGAUGAUUUUAGUGAUCAAGCUUCUGAAAUAUUCUCACUUUAAAUUAUUUUUAUAAAGUUCAAUAAACUCAAAGCAGUA